UAGCCAUGUUAUCAUUGACUCAGUACUGGUACCCAGUGUAUAUAGCCAUGUUAUCAUUGACUCAGUACUGGUACUCUGUGUAUAGUACCAUGUUAUCGUAUUUAUUAUUACUAUAAUAAAUAGUAUUAUUUUAUUAUUUUACUUUUCUAUUAUUUCUCUAUUUUCUUUCUCUCUACAUUGUUGGGAACGACCUGUAACUAAGCAUUUCACUGUUAGUCCACACCUGUUGUUUACCAUGAAUGUCACGAAUAAAAUUCGUAGGACAUUUUCUGAAGUUUAUAAUUUCCACUUUAAAAUAUCAGAUUUGAUUUGCCCUAACGAGAAAUGUAUCAACCCUUACCACAACAACAAAAAUCAAUUUAAUUAUAAUCCACACAAUAAUUCACAUUUUCUGUUGCUGCAGCAUUAUUUCCCCGCUGUGAGAAGCUGGUCAAAUGAAGAUCCUACAUCUGUAGCAGCCUGCAGUAGGCAGGAAGAUAACAACUGAAACCAGAUAACUGUCUCUAUCUUUCCUGCUCUUUCUUUCUUUCUUUGACCAUCUCUCCAGUCCUCUCCUUGUUGUCUAGUUUUCUAACAGUCAUUAAUUGUGAUAGAUUUGUUCCAACGUUUACCCAGUAGUAGACUAGAAGAUAACACCUGAAACCUGAUACCUGUCGGUGAAGGCUAUCAACAUUUACAUCUGUCUCUGUCUGUGACCAUCUCCAGUCCUCUGGUUGGCUACUGCUGGAACUUGCCAACUGUCUUGUAACAAUGUUUCCAUUUUCAACCUCAGUGGACAAACAGAGAACUCAACAUAAAAUGGCAACAUUGUAGCCACUCAGGAAAUCACAUACUUUGAUGUUUGAAUUUAAGUGUGUAAAACAAAACAAAAAACAGAAUGACUGAUGACUGUUAUUCUCUAUAGGAAAUGCUGAAAAUACUUCAAAGACAAUUUAUCACAUAAAAUUCUGUACAGGGUUUUGAGUUGUAUCUUCUUGGACAGUUUGCAUCUGGAUACAGUUUAGGUAGCCUACACAUCAGCUAUAGUGGAACAAACCAAUCUUAAAAAAAAUAUAUAUAUGAAUAAACAUCGCCUACUAAACCUAAUUAUAAAACAUAUCAAGUGAUGUAAAUGGACUUAUUUUAUACAUCUUAGAUGAGAGAUUGAAUUAUACUAUGGUUGUCUUUUUCGCUUACAAAGAUUUGCUGCCCCUGCUGUUUCUACCCCCCUCUGCAUCUGACCAUUUGGUAUCGCCGCAACAAGUCGCUGUGUCCAGAGUCUCUCAGCCAGGCGGAGAGAGAGAGAGAGAGAGGUAGCUGCGCCCCGACUGACUGCGGAACACCGAAGAGAAACGCUCUUAUGGACUUUUAAACGAGGACUUUUGAGAAGUUUCAUCCGCGCGUUUUUAUUGACGCUUUUCAUCAUUUAUUUACAUGAUUGUGUCGUGGCAUACCGGAUCCGUUGUAACGAGCGCUAUGGGAAUAUACGGUGUACAUUGAAAGGGUUGGUUCGGUUAGAACAUACCUGUGUUGACAUCGAUCUUCACUCCGCAUGCUGUUUGUUCCACCGGGUAGUUUAAACUGCAUAUCGAGCGGGCUCUGUUUCCACCUCUGUUCAUUGGGGCUACAGUCAUAUUGGAAACGAGGUCAGAGAUACCCACCGCAGGUGAGUGAUCUGUUGGGAUGCACUGAGAGCAGCGAGGUCACCUGGGACACACCUGACAUGGAGGUCAAGGGUCAUCUCAUCUCAGUACCUGACCUGCUGGGUGGCAGUCCGGAGGCUGUUGAAAGGAUGACAGAACUACAGGAGAGAAGACGCAGUCUCGAGACUCUACUGAAUAGCAGACUGGCUGAGCUACGGAGAGUCUGUCUGCAGGAGGCGGAGUUGACAGGAGAGCUUCCUGGUGAUUUCCCCCUGGAGGCUGGGGAGAGACGCCCCAACGUACGCCGUCGGGCCGGAUCCUACCGCCACGGACCCAAGACUAUUAUAAAGACAGAGGAGGAGGUGUGUCAGAGGAAGCCGAAGAAGGCGCUGUUCAGCGGUGCCCUGAGACGCCGUGUAGACUCUGAUCAGCACCCGGCGCACAGCAAGAGGACUGUGCACAGAGGAUGUCACACGGAUGACACGGUGAACUCCGAGAGCAGCUCCACGUCUGAUUCUACAGGGGACCAUGACAACGAUGAGUCUUCGGGUGUGGCCCCUGACUGCCUGUCCCCGUCUCGGCCCCGGCUGGCCCCUGGUAACGGUAAUGGGAGCAGCAGUAGUCCAGACAGCAGGCUGUGUAGGAAGCUUUCUCCUGUUGAGAUCUAUUAUGCGAUGAGGACCACCACGCAACCCAACUCACUGGCCCUCUCUGCCAGAAGCAAUAUGGAGGGGAGGAGUGUACCUACCACACCCCUCCUCGCUAGGAACGGACCAACAGGUGUCCACAACCACAUCAGGUCAGCUAUAUCCACAGUGACUACUACCAAGCAGUGGUCAGACAAUCCAGAGGUGACCCAGGUGGUUCCUCAUCAGUCUCAGGUCAGCGGCCACUCCCCUGGCCCCUCCUCUGGCCCCCCGUCAGGGUCCUAUGAGCAGGGAGGAGGAGGGGGAGGCGGAGUUUACAGUGAUAUCCUGAUGGACUAUGUAUGGGGGAAGCAGCAGCAGCAGCAGAGACAGGUCCAACAGGUCCAUGGCAAUGGAAAGUUCCUUUCCUCCGUUCCUGUACCUCCUCCUCCUCACUUCAACGGCUACCCCCACCCCCAGGGACAUCUCCCAGGGCCCCAGCACGUCUCUGGGGGCCCGCCAGCCUACUCCAGCCCCCUGAUGCUCCGGGGGAAACUUGGAGAGCCACGCCGGGUCAAGGUAACCCGUACCAAGUCCUGUGGUCCAUUCAUCCCUCUCCAGCACCACCAGAAUGAGGUACUCCACUUCUCCUCUUACACUUCCUCCUCUUCUGACCCUCCUCUUCCUCCCACCUCCUCCUCCUCCUCGACCGGGACCUCCACAGCUGCCCUGUACCCCCACCAGGGGUCUGGGGUUGAGUCCCAAAAGCACCAGCAUGGGUCUGGAUCGGGACCCGGUCUCAAUCUCAACCACAACCACCAGCUCGGACCACCCCAGUACUCUGACUCCGUCACCCCAGACGACCCCAUCCGCAGCCUACACAAGGCCCUGGCUCUGGAGGGCUUGAGGGACUGGUACCUGAGGAACAGCCUGGGUGGAGUGGCGGUGGGGGGGAAGGUACAGGGGCAGGACAACAGGGGGUCCCCCAGGAGGCGUACCACGAACUCCUUGCACGGGUCACACCCUCAGCAUCUCCCACACCAGCCCCAGAUCUACCAGGGAGACCGAGACAGAGACUACCCUCCAUGCCACCUGCCACAGUCACAGACCUUCCACGGGCAUCCACUACAUGGCAGGUCUCUGUAUCAGGAGUCCUUCCCAUCCCAGAUGCAGGAGCUGACCCUGAAAGAACCCAGCACUGACAGAGGUGACCUGCCUACCCCGGGUACACUGGUCUAACAACAACAACAGGUGACCUGCCUACCCCGGGUACACUGGUCUAACAACAACAACAACAACAACAACAGAGGUGACCUGCCUACCCCGGGUACACUGGUCUAACAACAACAACAGGUGACCUGCCUACCCCGGGUACACUGGUCUAACAACAACAACAGGUGACCUGCCUACCCCGGGUACACUGGUCUAACAACAACAACAACAACAACAACAACAGAGGUGACCUGCCUACCCCGGGUACACUGGUCGAACAACAACAACAACAGAGGUGACCUGCCUACCCCGGGUACACUGGUCGAACAACAACAACAACAGAGGUGACCUGCCUACCCCGGGUACACUGGUCGAACAACAACAACAACAGAGGUGACCUGCCUACCCCGGGUACACUGGUCUAACAACAACAACAACAACAACAGAGGUGACCUGCCUACCCCGGGUACACUGGUCUAACAACAACAACAGGUGACCUGCCUACCCCGGGUACACUGGUCUAACAACAACAACAACAACAACAACAACAACAACAGAGGUGACCUGCCUACCCCGGGUACACUGGUCGAACAACAACAACAACAGAGGUGACCUGCCUACCCCGGGUACACUGGUCGAACAACAACAACAACAGAGGUGACCUGCCUACCCCGGGUACACUGGUCGAACAACAACAACAACAGAGGUGACCUGCCUACCCCGGGUACACUGGUCUAACAACAACAACAACAGAGGUGACCUGCCUACCCCGGGUACACUGGUCGAACAACAACAACAACAGAGGUGACCUGCCUACCCCGGGUACACUGGUCUAACAACAACAACAACAACAACAGAGGUGACCUGCCUACCCCGGGUACACUGGUCUAACAACAACAA